CUCUGACAGUUUAAGUCUUUUUUUGUCUUUGUAGGCAAAACAGGAAAAAAUGUCGGAGACUGCACCAGUUGCUCCUGCCGCUCCCGCCACUGCGGAGAAAACACCUGUUAAGAAGAAGGCGAAGAAAACUGGCGCCGGCGCCGCCAAGCGCCAGGCGUCCGGGCCGCCCGUGUCCGAGCUCAUCACCAAGGCCGUGGCCGCCUCCAAGGAGCGCAGCGGCGUGUCGCUGGCCGCGCUCAAGAAGGCGCUGGCGGCCGCGGGCUACGACGUGGAGAAGAACAACAGCCGCAUCAAGCUGGGCCUCAAGAGCCUGGUGAGCAAGGGCACCCUGGUGCAGACCAAGGGCACCGGCGCCUCGGGCUCCUUCAAGCUCAACAAGAAGGCGGCCUCCGGCGAGGCCAAGCCCAAGGCCAAGAAGGCGGGCGCGGCCAAGCCCAAGAAGGCUGCUGGGGCGGCCAAGAAACCCAAGAAGGCCGCGGGGUCCGCCACCCCCAAGAAGAGCGCCAAGAAGACCCCGAAGAAGGCGAAGAAGCCGGCGGCGGCUGCAGGGGCCAAGAAAGUGACCAAGAGCCCGAAAAAGGUGAAGGCAGCGAAACCCAAGAAGGCGGCCAAGAGUCCAGCCAAGGCCAAGGCCUCUAAGCCCAAGGCGGCGAAGCCUAAAGCCGCGAAACCCAAGGCUACAAAGGCGAAGAAGGCGGCACCUAAGAAAAAGUAAACUUCAGAGGCAGGUCCUGCUGUGAAAAUCUCAAAAGGCUCUUUUCAGAGCCACCCACGAAUUUCAGGAAAAAGAGCUUAACUAGAUAUA